AUGGCCCAACAGGGACAAACUGCUCUCAAGCUCCACCUGCUAAACCAGGUUGGGGAAAAUCGUAGCUCAGACCAGCCGGGAAGUGGGGCCCAGAAUGGAUGGGGAGUCGAUCCCAGCGCGGGUGGACGAAUCAGCAUUGGGGCCGCUGGCAUGGCAAAUGCAUCCUCCACGCCUGCAAAAUGUCCCGCAAAUCCGCGGGGGGGAAGGGCCGCUAUCAUGCCAGGAAUAUUAACACAGUACCAGGGGUCUUUGCGGAGCAAUGACUUGCAGCUGGGCCAUUACAUCACGAACCAGAGUCUCUGCAUCAUUGCUAUUCAACGCCUGUCAUCCUCAUCGGUCGCAUGGCCUUGUAAAACGGCGGUUACUCCAAAUCCUUGGUCUAAACUGGAUUUAGCAGCCGGGCCAUCCUCGGUCGGCAACGAUCUCGAUGCGAACUGCCUUCACGUGGCUGCACUGGACGAUCGGCCUCAGGGGUCCCACGACCGGCGAACUGCCGCUCCAUCCACCCACGGUAUCAUUCCGUUCGCGCCAGAGCAGUUGGCACUUAGCCUUUUUGCUUGCAUCGUCCUCCCUUGCAGACAUUGGUCUCAGCUUGAGAUCAGGGUGAGGGCGGCAAAUGCGACAGAUUUCAUGCUCGCUUCAUCCACAAUCUAUCUACAGACCCCCUUUCAACAAAGCCCCGCGGCGUGUUAUUCUUACUACGUGGUGCACAAGCCUAAGUGGCUGCAGCUGUUGGUUGGGACAUGGUAGCAGGGGGGAAAUGGUUGUCGGUAAUGGCCAACAAUACCUGCCCGCCAUCUAGUUCACAGUACCUACCACAUGGCCUGAUCCCAGCAAAACUAUGCCAUUG